AUGUCUGAUCCUGUUGGAAAAGAUGAAAAGGAUAGGAGAAGAGUGUAUAAAGAAAAUUAUCUUUAUUUAUAUAAAAGUUUAAUCUGGAAAGUAGAGAGUGAUUAUUUAAUAAGGAAUAAUAAAAUUGAACGUAGUUCAUAUAUUGUUAGGUUUAAGUAUUUAAUAUAUGAUAAUUUAUAUAUUAAUUUAGUUAGUUAUCAUAUGCGACUGAAUAAAUCAUAUAUAUAUAAUGAGAUUGUUUCAUUAGUAACUGAUGUAUAUCCCAAAGUGAAAAGAAAUGUUAUGAAUAAGACUAAUAAUAAAAAUAUGGGAAUUCUAGAUGGAUUUAUAGAUAUGUUUAAAAAAAUUUCUUUAACAAACAAUUCGAAUACCAAACUAAUAGUUUUAAUAGAUAAUUUUAAUGCUGCUGGAAAUUACAUUACCAAAGCUAAUUUAAAUAGACUUGAUAAAUUAUUAACUGAAAAUGAAAUGCAAUAG